AUGCUCAAUCCUCUCGUCACAUCAGUACAAAUGGGUGGAGUCUUUGUUGAGGCAUUGCUUGGCAGACAGUAUGCUGACGUCCUCGGUCGGAAGUGGACUUACUUCGUCUGUCUGGUCCUUCAAAGUGGAUUCAAUCUGGUGGCAGCAUUCUCCGUCAACUGGCAGAUGUUUAAAGUGUUGCGUUUUCUCAUCGGGAUGAUGAUUGGCUCUCUUCUAGUUGUAAGCUACCCAUACCUCCGUGAGUUCGUUGGAAGAAAAUGGCGACCACUUGCAAUUCCAGUCUGGCUAACAGGUGUAUGUGCAUUUGCCCUGUCGAGAUGGUUGAGGCCUGACUGGUCUCAUCAACACAUCACAUUGGCUGCCCUUCAUCUGCGCUUCUUCACGGGAUGGUUCUUUGUCCCAGAGAGUAUGCGCUGGUUGGCUGUAAAAGGGCGGACUGAUGAGGCUGAGAAGGUCGUGGAUCAGAUGAGUCGAUACAACAAAAGAGGGAAGCCCACAAACACACUGCAGCUGCUGAAACAAGUGGCAGAAGAGGAGCAGAAACUGAGGGCGUCUGGCAGCAAGUACACGUACCUUGACAUCUACAGGGGAUGGAGCGUCUGCUGGAAGUCUCUCAUCAUGCAGUUCGAAUGGCAGAAGUCACUCCUCUGA